GAGCAAUGGCGAUCACGCUGAUGGAGGUCAGAGGAGGAGGGGGAGUUAUUAUUGAGGAAAGAACUUUAUAACACCCCUCCAUCCUCUCAUCUCACCAUUACCAGGAGGAUCUUCUGAGGGCUGAGACUGGACAAAGGGAGAGAAGACUUCAACCAGACCAACCACACCGGACACAGAGAUCACAGGGCGAUGGAGCUGAGUGUGGCGGUGUUGCUGUUGGUGGUCCCUGCAUCUUUUGCACAGGAAGACUUGGAAGGUAAAAUCUUCGUCUUCCCCAACGAAACCGACACAUCUCAUGUCAUUCUAAGACCUACAAUUACAGGGCCAUUGAAGAAAGUCACCGUCUGUCUACGUUCCUACAGUGAGCUUUCCCGUCCCUAUUCUUUGUUCUCUAUUGCUACUCCAAUAAAUGCCGAUGCCUUUCACAUCUCCUUCCAGCCUCCAAACACCUAUCAGGUAUUCAUGAAUAAUGAAAUGUUUAGUUUUACACCAACCUGGAAACCUUUUUACUGGAGGCACAUCUGUGUGGCCUGGGACAAAAGCCAUACACAGGGCCUCUAUCUUUGGCUCAAUGGAAAGCUCUCCUAUGAAAGGCCUUACAUGAGAAAUUACUAUUAUAUUGCUUAUCAAAUCGACUCUGAAAGCAGCAUUGUUCUGGGACAGGACCAAGACUCUUUUGGUGGAGGGUUUGAAGCUGCUCAGUCAUUGGUUGGUGAAAUAGGUGACGUCCACAUGUGGGAUUAUCUCCUGACUCAGGAAGACAUCCAGAAGGUCCUCUCUGGUGAUCUCCAAGGAAAUGUCAUUAAUUGGAAGUCCUUACGUUGUGAAAUUAAAGGGGAAGUUCUCGUCAAGCCCGAACCUCAACACUUGGAGGAUAAAGUCUUCGUCUUCCCCAAAGAAACCAACACAGAUCAUGUCAUUCUAAGACCUACAAUUACAGAGCCAUUGCAGAAAGUCAGCGUCUGUCUACGUUCUUAUACCGACCUUUCCCGCCCCUAUACUCCCUUCUCUAUCGCUACUCCUGGGAAGGACAACGCCUUUGUGAUCUACUUACAGCCUCCAAACACUUGUUCCGUAUAUAUCAACCAGGAACUCACUAGUUUUAGGACGGACUCUGAGUCUUUGGACUGGAGGCACAUCUGUGUGACCUGGGACUCCGACACUGGAGUGGUCCAACUUUGGGUCAACGGGAAAUUCUACCCCAGAAGAGGCUCAAUGAAAGGGUCUUCUAUCGCAGCUGAGACCAGCAUUGUUCUGGGGCAGGAACAAGACUCUUUUGGUGGAAAGUUUGACGAGAAACAGUCAUUGGUCGGUGAAAUAAGUGACGUCCACAUGUGGGAUUAUGUCCUGACUCCAGAAGACAUCAAGAUAGUCAUCUCUGGUAGACACAAUGGGAAUGUCAUUAAUUGGGUAUCUCUAUACAGUGAGAUCAAAGGGGAAGUUCUUGUCCAACCCAAAUUUCCGUGAAAGCCAAUGAGCUCAUCAUAUACACGUCGUUCUCAAGAUACCCCAACUGCUGAUUCUGAUUUACAGUGAUAAUGAUGAUUUAUUUGUCACUCCCAUAAAUAAUGAGAGUUGACAAUGAUAAGUGAAGAUCAAAUAAUCAAUGAAUCCAUGAUCUUAUAGUGUAACUAAAACACGUGAAAAUUGUAAACAGGAUUACAAAUCAUUGGAGUUUUUAUUUUCUCAAUGGUAACAUAAUAGUCCUGGUGUAUAAUCUUAUAAUCAAUAUUAACAUAAACUAUCUAAAAUAAAAUAUAUAUAGAAGCAA